CCGCUCAAGCGCUGGGAUAUGUCUGCAAUCCGAUUAGAGGCGAGUGCAUCGCUGCGACACAUCUGCAGCUGCGCGAGUUCGUUGUGCGCCGGCCGUCGCCAGCGAUAGAUAGAUCAGAGCGCCCGCGACAACCCGCCGACUCCGGGGCAUAUGCAGAUCUGCACCCACCAUGGAGGCUUACAGCAAUGCGCACCUCGCGCAUACCCGCACAAGCCAUCUCACCAAGCUGUACAGCGAUGCGAAGAAGAGCGCGCUCACCAGCCUCGAGGUGCAGCCGAGCGUGACCCAGCACUUCACCUCGCUGCAUCGCAAGUUCCGCAUUCAGAAGGACCGGCUCAUCACCUGGGGCCUGGCCUGGAGCGACGAUGAGAAAGGGCCGGAGGGCAGCAUUGACGAGUCCGUGGCCAAAGCCGGCCUGACCGAAACUGUCGACAGCGUCCUGCGCAACAUCAAAGAAGUCACCGAGGAGGCCGAGCGCAUCAAGGCUGCCAGUGUGCCCGGCUUCAUCAACAAGGCCGGCGACAAACCCCUCCACCCGGAGCCCUUCGAUGAAGCCCGAUAUGAGGAUCUCCUCCGAGACUUGACCACAUCCAUCGACACUUUGUACGACCUGUCGCGAUCCCGCAAGGCGCUCGCUAGGGGCGAAUUGCCCACCUUCAGCGUCCCGACCGCCGACACCGGCAAAUUUGAUUCGCAACCCGCGGCGGGCAUCACCAAAUCUUCCUCAAUCCGAAAAAUACCCUUCCGACGGCCGAGCCACGCUUCUUUCGCCUCUGAGCUAACGCUUGUCAACCCUCCGCCGUUCAUCCGGCCCAACCUUUCACCAUAUGCCGGUCUACCGCCGCGAAUCGAUGUCCGUGCUUUGCGCCUGCCGGAAGAAGGGCCACCGCCGUAUGAGAGUCUCGGCGUGCCUUCCACGACUCGACUCAUCGGUCGCCUCAUCCGUGCAAAGGCUACCGAGUCUGUGCAGAAUGCGCUGGGCAGUACCGCCGCAGAGGUGCCGGUGCUGGUUGAGUAUGCCAAUUUCGACUCGACCUAUCGCGAAACGGGGGUGCCUCCUCCCCUACAGCGCUUGGAGAGCUUGGCCUCGUUGCUCGAGCCCAUGCGCGCCGAAUCACAGACAAAUCUAAGUCUGCUCGGCUUCUUCGAGGAUACGAACCAGUCUCGAAUCGGCCUGGUAUACGACCUGCCAUACUCGGUUCAAAACCGCAUGCAAGGCACCGUGGACAGUGCGGGGCAAGACUUGGUGCCGUUGAGCUUGCUCAAGCUCGUGCAAAAGGCGAACAAGGCGCAGACCACAAGCAUCGACAGCAUCGUUCCGUCUCUCGAAGAUCGAUUCUGCAUCGCCCUUCGCUUGACCGAACAGCUGCACGCCAUUCACAGUCGAGGCAUCGCUCACGGCAACAUCAACAGCAGUAGCGUCGUUUUCACCACCACGGAUAACGAGCCCGCUUUGAGUCGCCAGAAGCAACUGCGAUUGCCGCUAUGGGCGUCGUAUGAUCUGUUCUCGAAAUGCACGGUCGAGGGUGUGCGGCGGCCUGUCAAUCUCAAUCUCUACCGCCAUCCUGAAGACCACCCGCAAAAUCCCGGUCGCAGCAUGAGCGUCGACCUCAAGUUCGACAUGUACAGCUUGGCAGUCGUGCUUCUGGAGCUCGGUCUCUGGACGCCCCUUGGGGAUCUCUACAAGGCCAAGUACUCGCCGGCGGAUUUCAAGUUGCGACUCGACCGAUUAUGGAUCCCCAAAUUAGCGGCACGCUGCGGAUCGGUGUAUAUGCGCGCCGUCCAGGCUUGUGUGGCCGCGGCGGAUGACUUGGAUCUCAGCGGGAGCACUACGGUGAUUGAAAGCGCCUACGAAACCCUGACCCGCAACCUGCAGCGCUGCUGUACGCUUGACGAGAGUGCGUCUGCGGACCCGCUGACGCCUAUCGACGAAGACGUCGACACGAUUGCCCCUCCAUCGCAACCUGCGGCCAUCAAGCGCAAGCCGUUACCAGUCGAGCCCGCUCGUCCGAUACGCCAGCACUCCGAGCCCGGCGGUCUGCAUAGGACACAUUCCAUUUCUUCGGCAACCUCGAGUGUCUCGCGCCUCUCCUCUGUUCCCAAUUUCCCGGCUGAUGUUGCCAUCUAUGCCAACACCGCCCGAUCCAAUACUCAUCCUGCUCUGAGGCCGCAGUCGGACAGGGCAGAGUCGCCGCUCCCAGAGGGCAACGUCCAGCCCAGACGUACCGUGCAGCAGCAUUUUGUUCCGAAGCCAUCGUUCAAGGAGUACAAGCGGAAGAUUGUUUUGAUUCAGCAGAAAUGGAGAGAGCACCGGGCGCGGGCCGUCCAGUCCAAAGAGACUGCGCUUCUCCAGUCCAAGGAGGUCGAAUCAGCAGCAGCGCAAGAGAAGGCUAGGGAAGCGGAAGAGGAGGCCAUGGCAAACAAAGAGCAACGAGGAAGGGUGAAGCGGCAUGAAUUUCCCGAAGUUCAACUGCCCCCCGCCCUGGUGGACGAUUGGCACAGCGGGACAUCAGUCCGACUGGCGAAGCUGGUCGAGCGGGCGUUGAAGGGAUCACCCGAGUCCUCGUCGAUCUCGCUGACUGCCUACGGCGAGACCCUGGAGACGGCUCGCCCGACCUUCUUGAUCUGUUGCACUUCCACUGCAAAGGUCAAGCAUGUGUUGAAGCGGCACUUCAAAUUCGAUCCGGCCAUUUGCGAUGUGCGUGUGAAGAAGGAUGAGAUCAAGCGCUGUCGUCGACCGAGGAGGCGACAACGGACCGCGGAUGAAGCGUACAGGAGUAUGGCGGCGAGUGACGGUGGAUUCUAUGAAAAGGCCGCCAAUCCGGAUUACCAGGAGCGUCCCAUCUGUGGUGCUUCCAUCGGCGCCUUCAGGGAUGAAGAGCAUCUCCCGCCCGUCUCAUUCGGGGGAGUCGUGUUGGUUGACGGACAGGCAUACGGCAUGAGCGUCCAUCACAUGCUCGAAGCGGAUGACGAGUCCGAGACGGAAGACGAUCCUGACGACGGCAACAUCUCCGACGCCUCCAGCGUGCGUAGCUUCGAAUCCGUCUCCUCCGAACCCGAUGACGAAAGCACCGUGCGCCCCCCGUCUACCAUCCCAGACGUCCCCUCCAGCGGAGAAGGACACGAUGGCGACUCUGCCGGCAUCGUCCCUGGCGACAUCGAGGAGAUCGCCAUCACGCAACCGGCGCUUGACGAUGCCAUUGACCUCGACCUGCAUGUCGACGAAGACGACUCCGACUCCGACUCGGGCAUCGACGAAGACCACCUGCUCUCCUACAAACUCGGUCAGGUGCACGCCUCGUCGGGGCUCAAACGAACGCCCGCCUCGCUCGAAGCCGGCUUCAAGUCCAUCUCCCAAUCCCUCCCCCAGGAGAUCGACUGGGCCCUUUUCGAACUCAUCCCUCCCCGCUCCCACCCCUACAACAUUGUCAAGAACGGCAAGAAAUUCUGCACGGCCAAGUCGAGCACGCGGCGCAACACGCCGCACUCCUACCCCACCGCCAUCAAGCGCAGCUCCGACCUGGCAUGCGCCAAAGUGCACUGCCUCGGCCGCACGAGCGGGCUCGCCAGCGGCGUCGUCUCGUCGACCAUGGACCUCGUCAAGAUCCACGGGCGCAGCACCUUCUCCGCCUCGUGGACUGUGGCGGGCCAGUUUGGCGUUGGCGGCGACUCGGGCGCGUGGGUGAUUAGCAAUGACGAUGGGAAGGUGUGUGGGCAUGUGCUUGCUUCUCGCAAGGGCAGGACGUACAUCUGCCCGAUGGACCUGUUGCUGGAGGAUAUCCGCGUGACGCUCGGGGCGGAUCGCGUGGCGUUGCCGCCUGUGCCUGCUGGGUGGAGUCGGGAGGCGGCUGUUGGGAGGGGAGAGGCUUGGAGUCUGGCAGACAGGGUCGGUGGGAUGAGGAUUGCUGGGGGUCGUGGUGGUGGGAAUGAGGAGAUGGGCGGAGGCGUGCCUCUUUCGCCAGAGGCUUUGGGUGGUGGGAAGACUUCGGGCGGAAGUGGGAUGAUGCGAUCGCUGGGUGCCGUGGAGGCAGCCGGAUAGAAGACGUUGGCUACUCGAUCGUCUGAGCGGUGUAGUGAAAUCUAAUUUGACCGUUUAUUCUUG